AAAAAUUUAUUUGUUUUGAUAAUUGAAAAAUAUUAAAUAACGAUUUUUAAAUAAAAAAAAAUGUCAUAAACUAAAAGUCUUAGUAGCUCCUAAAGUUUAAAAAAGAGUUAAUAAAAUAUAAAAUAGGAAAGAUAAGAUGAAAAGGCAGAUAAUGAAGAACAGUUUAUUGAGUAGCAAUAGUAUUAAAAUAAUGAUCAAGAUGAUGGUAGUUACAGUUCUUAUAAUUAUAUUCAGUAAUAAGAAUAGAAUGAUUAAAAUGGAAGUCAAAAUUUAAGUUCCUCAUAAAAUUUAAGUUAGAAAUCUUAAAAUAAGUAAUCUUCUAAGAAAUUAAGCAAUGCGUUUAAUACGGCAGGAUAUUAUUAAAAUGACUUAGAUAAUCAACAAGCUGAUUAAAAUGAAGACGAUAGAGAAUCUGUUUUUUCAUAAAAAUCUAAAUAAAGUAUUUCUAAAAGUGUUAAUUAAUAAGUCAAUAAUAUUUAGGAUAAAUAUGAAGAAAUCGUAUUGACAUGUAACAUACACAGACAAUAGAUUGUUAAAGUAUGCUCAAAAAAAAAUUGUAAAGAAAAGAUGCUUUUUUGUUUAGAAUGUAUUGAAGAAUUCGCUGAGCAUGUCGUUAAACACAGACCAUUCAUGUCUAUCAAUGAUUUUCUAAAAGAAUUAUAAACUAAUCCUCACACUUAAAGAAAAGAAAAGAUUGAAAUGCUAUAAAAUGAAAACCAGUCUCAUGUAUAGAUGUUUUUGCAGGCAAUUAAUAAAGAGAAGAAUCGAGUUGCACAAAAAGUUAUUCCUGUUAUUAAAUCAGCUUUAGUAGGACUAUGCGAUCAGCUUUAAAGUAGAAUAUUUGAUGAAAUUGAUUAAUUUUCAAAAACAUAUUAAUAUAACUCGUAAUUUCUGAACUCUUACCUAGACCAAAAUGGAUUACUCUCUGAAAUACUUGAUUAAGUCCCUUCUUAUGCUAACCUUUAUCAGAAAUUUUAAGAAAACAAAGGAUUACAAGAAAUUAGGUUCCAUGAUUAUUUAGAAAAAGUUUAUAGAAAAACCUUAAAUAAUAGCUCAGUUGAAUAGACAAAUUAAGCAUUUGCUUAUUUUGAAGAGGUAUUUGAAGAAUUUAGAAAAUAAGGGAAUAAUACUCCAAUAUUCAACGGAGAAGCAUUACUUUUAGAGAAGGUUGAAUAAGUAUUUAACGAAUUUAUUGACUAAAAAGAUAUAAGGUAUUCUAGUGUGAUAUCUUAAUACCCAAUAUGCAGUUCAUGCUCAAAGGAGAUUUAGAAUGAUAGUAACUUACAAAAAAUGAAGUAAAAACUAAUUGAUCUAUAAGAUUAACUUAGUCAGUUAAGUAAACAAACUAUAAACUAAAAUAAUUUGCAAAGUACUCCUUAAAGCACAAAAAAAUAAGGAUAACUUUCAUAGUAAAGCUUCUAAUCAAAAUUAUCAUCUCAACAGUUAAAUACAAAAUCAGGUUAGUAGCUUUUAAACAGUAAAACAGAAGAAAUAAAAUAAUUAUAGCAAGAAAUAGAUAAGAUUUCUAAAUAAAAGCCUGGAAGUUGCAAAGGAUGUAGAAGAUUAUAUUGCAUCUCUUGCUAAAAUCAAUCAUAUUGUAAGGGUUGCAAGUUAUAUUUCACAAGCUAGUUAAAGACAAACAAAUUUAUUAUAAAAGAAAAUAAGGAUUGGCCAAUGCUUAUGCUUGAUGAUACUUAAAAGUAGGGUAUAUAAUCAAAUUUAGAUAUUCCAAAAAUAUAAAACGUAAAAUUAGUAUAAAUAUCUGCACUUUUAUAGAAGCUUAACAUAGGAUUAGUCUUAGCCAAUUAAGAGCUUUUUUCAGGAAAAUAUGAAUGGGAAGUUGUAAUUGAAAAUAAUGAUUAGUGUCACAGUAUUGGUUUUGGUUUAUGUAAGCUUGAUGAAUUACAAUCUGAAAUAGAACUAGGAAAAAAUUUGAAAGAAUUUUCUGAGUCUACUGGACUCAUUGUAGUAACAUCGAAUGGAAAAAUUGCAGGAGGCUUAAAAGGAAGGGUUCAAUCAUUCUAAAAAGAGAAGUUGGCUAUGAGCUUUAACUGUCUUCUAGAUUUUGGAAAGAAUAAAUUUAGUAUAAGUGGAAAAAAUGUUUAUUUAGAAAAAGAUUUAGAAAAUAAUCAAGGUUAUGUGCCUUGUUUCUACUCUGGUUGCUGUUUUAAAAGCUAUAAUAAUUUUACAAUUAAAUAAAAAUAUUAAUAUGAUUAGUUGAUAAUUCAAAAAUGA